GCAAUCGAUCCUGUCGCGGAAGAUCGAGGAUGCGCUGAACACCUUGAAUGGCGCCGCAGGCGAGAAGACGAAGAUGACUACCAUGUCGGAGAAGCUGGCCAGUCUCGAUGACAAGCACCAGCUGCCCACCAAGACCGAUGCGAUCGCCGAGCAGUCUGACGACCAGACGGGGGUCCUGAAGGAGAAGAAAGGUGAGGUGAACCAUUCGACUGUGGAGAACUUGGCGUCGCUCGAGAGGUCCGCCGAGGUCGCCAUCGAGCAGCUGGAGAUCGCCAAGAGGGCCUGCAAGGACCACUACGAGGCCAUGGACUGCGUUUUCAAGGACAAGAAGGUCCAGGAGCGCAAGGUCUACCAGGCCGAGCACCACCAGAUCAUGAAGGUUGCGAACUCCCUGAUCUCGGGUGGCUUCAAGAAGAAGCUGGGGGUCGCGGUUGCGAGAAACAUCCGCGGCUACCCGCUGGCGGAGAAUAAGCUGACCAAUCACGCGCUGGGGGUUGCUGCCCCCGAGGGCGACGAGGCGGAGUACAGCGGGGACAUCAUCCAGAUCUUGUGCAGCGCGGGUACUACAAUCGAGAAGAUGGUCAACCAGUUCAUGGCGGAGUCGGCCACGAAGAUGGAGGCCAAUAUCACGACCAUGGACAACCUCAUGCUCAGGGAGGCUAAGGCGCCAGGGGCCAUUGGCCGUGUCCAGAGCUCGUUGCAGACGUUCGACUUCGCACCCCUCCCGAAUGACAUCACUCUUGAUGCAGAUGCCGGUGCCGGCCCCUGGCCGUUCGCAGCUAGGUUCGACGCGUUCAGGUUUGGUGCGGUGGCAGUUCCUCUUCCUGGCGUGGGCUUCGUCAUGAAGAAUCGGGCGAGCCAGAUGUUCGUGGGCCUCUUCAAGAUCGAGAGCCUUCUCGAGGACGGUAUCGUGAUGCCGAACGCCGCGAAGUUCCUGGAGACGGACGACGGCGUCAAGUUUUUCGAGCGCUCCGAGUGG